AUGGCCUUUCUUAAGAAACGAGGAUAUAAAUUUCAUGUCGAUUUGGAAUUGUUGCACUUAAGCGAUGUGCCAUUGGUACGCUUAUUGAAUGGAGGUGCUUUCGAAGGAGUUACAGAACGUGUACAAGUAUAUAACCAUUCUGCCAACUGGAACAGUCACUUUAACUUCUCGUGCCGAAUCUCACCUGAUCCUUUAACAGGUGUCCUUGAAACUUGUGCAUGCAGGAUCUCGCUUCGUAAAGAGCAGAAAGGUGGAAAAACUUACUCAAAACUUGGGUUUGUAGACAUCAAUUUGGCACAGUUUGCUGCUUCAGGCGUUGAAGGAAUUACCAGAUCAUUUUUGUUAGAUGGUUAUGGAACAAACCAGCGUCAAGAUAAUUCUAGAAUAUUAAUCAAAGUCACAAUGUGUCAUCAGAGCGCGGAUCCUAUUUUCAAAGUACCACGUAUUGAGUCAUUGUCAGAAGAAUUGACAUUAAAUCCUUUAGACAGGAAGGCACCACCAAAUGAUGAUUGUAUUUCAAAUAAAAAACAGGGAGACACUGAUUCUGCUCAUUCGUCAUCAAUCGAAGAUUUAUCAUUUUGUCAUGAUGACAAGUCUUUGGCAACAGGUGCCGCUUCUGCUAGUUCUUGUCAUGAAUACCAUGCAAUUGAAAGCUCAUUUACAAGUGUUGUGUUGAAGAAAGGAGAUAUUCGAAAAAACACAACUUUAGCACAGACUAGAAGGCUAAGUCAAGACAGAUCUCAAAUGAGUAAAAGUGGUGCAUGCACAAAUGAAACUACUACACGUAUUCGCGCCACACGUGUUGAUGCAGAAGAUUUGAUUGAUCGUAUGCUGCAAGAAACAGUUAAUAGUGAUACUGGAUCAGAAGAUCGCUCAACGGAAAGGGGAUUAGCACUCUUUGUAUCGAGGAAUGGUGAAGCCGUUGUAGGAGCAAAUAUGUUACCGACGGAUUCUUUCGAACGUGUACAUAUAUCAUCCGAUGCUGGUUCACCUUUGUCAACUGGUUAG